AUGACAGAAACAACAGCAUCUGGCAAAAAUGGUUUAACACUUCAAAUCGAAGAUUUUAUUAUUGUAUGGCUUGAUGCAACAAUCAACCGUGAUGAUAAUAAUAGAUUGUUGAAACGCCAAUUUUUAUUACAAAUUUCUUCAAAUUGUAUUCAAACAUUCGUAGAUCAACAUGAAUAUAUCGAAUACAUUCGACAAAACAUCAACGAACAUAUCUUUCUUAUUGUGUCUGGAUCAUUAGGCAAGAAUGUUGUUCCGCUUGUUCACAAUUUAUCACAAGUAAUUCAAAUCUAUGUAUUCUGUGCUGUUAAGGGACCACAUAAAUCAUGGUCAGAAUCGUUCACAAAAAUUCGUGGAAUUUUUAUUGACGAAAAUCCUCUGAUGGCUUGCUUGAAAAAUGAUCUAAAAAUGUAUUCGAGUACACUUGCACCAAUUAGUAUUGGUUAUACAAACGAGCGUUCACUACAAGAUAUCGAUAAAGAACAAGUAAACUUUCUAUGGUUUCAACUAUUGAUUGAAGUUAUUUAUCGUUUACCACAAACAUCGCUAGCAAAAAAACAAAUGAUUGAACAAUGUCGUGAAAAUUAUGUAGAUAAUUCAUCUCAAUUACAUCAAUUUGGUGAAAAAAUCGGCAAAUUGACUGUUUAUCUUGGUCAACCUAUGAACGCACAGGAAUCGGAAAAAUUUAAAACUCAUAUUGGUCGUCUUAUGUCAAUUAACACAUUUUUUUCAACAUCAACGGCAUGUUCAGUCGCAGUCGACUUUUCUGGCAACGGUGAACUUCAAUCUAUGGAUAUUGGAUCUGUUAUCUUUGAAAUUGACAUUGAUCUUACAGUACAAAGACGUCCAUUUGCACGAAUCGAUAAAUUCAGUGAUCAUCAAGAUGAAAAUGAAAUUUUGUUUGCCAUCGGAUCUAUCUUUCGUAUUGAGCAAGUGGAAUUAUUUACAGAUAAUAUUUGGUUAGUACAAUUGAUAUUAACCAAUGAAGUUAAAAAAGAAAUAGAAGAUUUGUUAGCAUAG